UUGGCUUAGAUUCUAUGUGUGAAAACAAGAAUGUUUUUGUAGCACGUCAGAUAACACACUCGAUUAGUAGAGUUGUACUGAAUGAAAGAUUAUCUUUUCCCAAACGAUAGUGGUAACGGUAACACUGUGAAGGUUAACUGUAUGUUACAACUUAUGACAAACACAGAGGACAGGAAGUAAACGAAUGUUGAGGUAACUAGAAGAACAAGUUUAACUAUUCAGAAAUAGGCUGCUGUAAAGAUUGAAAUCGACAAUUCGAUUGUCAAGUAGAACUGCUCCAACAUGGCUUGGUGUGUGAAAGCUAAAAGUGCCAAGAACUUUGUACAGAAUCUCAAUUAUGCCAGACACUGUGCUAGAAACAUUCCUGCAAUUUUCUCAGCUCAGGUUAGAUUUUCAAGUGACCAAUCACAAAAGAUCAUGGCGAUUCGAAGAGAAACUGUCAAUGUAUGGGAACGAAGAGCACCGCUCUCCCCCUUGCAAGUGCGUAAACUGGUGAAGUCAGGAGUCAAAGUGAUUGUACAGCCAUCAGACAGGAGAGCUUACAGUAUGAAGGAGUAUGCAGAUAUGGGUGCUGUGAUCCAAGAAGACAUGUCAGAAGCCUCCCUCAUCAUAGGUGUGAAAGUGGUGCCUGUCGAUUCUCUGAUGCGGGAAAAGACGUAUGCUUUCUUCUCUCAUACCAUCAAAGCCCAAGAAGACAACAUGCCUCUUCUUGAUGCCAUAUUUGAAAAGCACAUUCGACUGAUUGAUUACGAGAAAAUGGUGGACGAUAAAGGAGCCAGAGUAGUUGCAUUUGGUAAAUAUGCAGGUGUUUCUGGGAUGAUAAACAUUCUUCAUGGAAUGGGACUCAGACUAUUGGCCCUCGGCCAUCAUACACCAUUCAUGCACAUUGGUCCAAGCCACAAUUAUAGAAACACUGAAAUGGCCAGGCAAGCUGUUCGUGAUGCAGGCUAUGAGAUAGCUUUGGGCCGCAUGCCUAAGUCGAUUGGGCCAUUAACAUUUGUCUUCACUGGCUCUGGGAAUGUUUCGCAGGGUGCUCAGGAAGUGUUCCAGGAACUUCCUCACGAAUACAUUGAACCAGAGCAUCUACCAAAAGUCUCAGUACAAGGAUCUACAAGUAAACUCUAUGCCUGUGUUGUGAGUCGGGAUGACCAUUAUAAAAGGAAGGAUGGCGGCAAGUUUGAUGCUGAAGAAUUUGAGAAACAUCCAGAAAGAUAUGCCUCAAGCUUCAGCCAUGAUAUUGCUCCUUAUGCCUCCUGUAUCAUCAACGGCAUUUAUUGGGCCCCCGGAGCUCCCCGCCUGAUCACCAUUCCAGAUGCCAAGACACUUUUGCAGCCCACAGUUGCCCCCUGGCUGCCGUCAUCUCCUGGAUGCCCAACACUCCCUCACCGCCUUCUGGCUAUCUGUGAUAUCUCUGCUGACCCCGGGGGCUCUAUCGAGUUCAUGAGAGAAUGUACCACCAUAGACAGGCCAUUCUCUCUGUAUGAUGCUGAACAGAAUGUUGAUACAGAAAGUUUUGCUGGUGACGGUGUUCUGAUUUGUUCCAUCGAUAACAUGCCAGCACAGAUUCCAAGAGAGGCCACAGAAUACUUUGGCAGCCUCUUGUUACCUUACAUUGAUGAAAUGUUGAAGUCAAAUGCCAAGUCUCCAUUUGAUCAAUAUGACUGCUGUCCAGUGGUUAGAAAUGCUGUUAUCACAAGUAAUGGGGAACUUACUCCUAACUUCAAAUAUAUCCAAGAGUUGCGUGCUAAAAAAGCCUCCGCCCACAAAGCCAAACUUCGUCAAGCCACAGAGAGAAUCCUUGUCCUAGGUGCAGGCUAUGUGUCUGGUCCAGCAGUGGAAUAUCUUUCUCGUGGGGCUAACACCUGCGUGACAGUUGCUGCCCAGUAUCAACAAGAGUUGGACAACACUACCCGCCUUUGUCCUGGUGUAGACACCAUACUAAUGGACCUAAAUGCUGGCUACUCUGAAUUGGAGCGACAACUUGGGGACCAUGAUCUUGUCAUUAGCUUGCUGCCGUACUCUUUCCAUCCUGACGUCGCCAAGCUGUGCAUCAAACACAAGAAGAACAUGGUUACAGCAAGCUACAUCAGUCCAGCCAUGAGAGACCUACAUGAAACUGCUAAGGAAGCAGGCAUCACAAUCAUGAACGAGGUAGGGGUUGACCCUGGUAUUGACCACAUGCUAGCCAUGCAGUGUUUCGAUGAAGUCAGGAGAGCAGGGGGAAAGAUCACAUCAUAUGUUUCUUACUGUGGAGGUAUACCUGCACCUGAAGACUCAGACACGCCAUUACUGUACAAGUUCAGUUGGUACCCUAAAGGUGUCUUGAUGAAUGUUUUGGCUAGUGCCAAGUAUUUGAAAAAUGGCAAGGUUGUUGAAAUCCCAGGUCAAGGGGGUCUACUGAACGCUACAGAAGAGUUGACCUUUAUGCCAGGGUUCAACCUUGAGGGUUUCCCAAACCGAGACUCCACCAUUUAUGCAUCGGAAUAUGGCAUCCAAACAGCUGACACCAUCAUCAGAGGGACCAUCAGAUACAAAGGGUUCAUUGAAGCAGUUAGAAGCUUGAUCAUAAUGGGUCUGUUUGGCACAGAACCAGACUCAAGACUUCAUCCUAAUGGACCAGAAAUAACUUGGAAAGAAUAUCUAUGCAGUAAAUUUGACAAGUCUGGUGAUAUUCUGACUGACUCACUCAAAGAUCUCAUCUUUGACAGAUGUGGCCAGGAUCAGAAAAAACUGGAUGUCAUUGUAAAGCUUGGAUUAGUGGAUGAUGACCCAAUUGAUAAAAAAGGAACUCCCAUUGACACUUUGUCUAAUUAUUUGGCCAAGAGACUCGCUUAUGCUGCCAAUGAGCGUGACCUAAUUCUGAUGAGGCACGAUAUCGGCAUCCAAUGGGGAGAUGGGAAGAAAGAGAAACGCAGCAUUGACCUGGUCAGCUAUGGAGAUGUUGGUGGGUUCUCUGCGAUGGCCAAAACUGUUGGACUUCCAACCGGUAUUGCAGCACGUAUGAUUUUGACAGGCGAGAUACAGACAAAAGGAGUUUGUGGACCAACAGCUAUGGAAACGUACCAGCCAAUUCUACAGCGACUCAGAAAGGAGGGCAUCACAGCUGUGGAGAAAAUUGAAUUGCUAUAAAUGUGACACUCUCUGAAUCGCUCGGUCAAAAUGUCAGGAUUAAACUUUGUUGGUAGCAUUCCCUUUGGUUCUAGUGUGGUGGCAAAGGCAUGCUUCAUUCUAUCAAUUUCCAGGCUCGGUAAAGAUCAUCAAGACUUAAUUAAACACACAGCAUAGUAAUCCUCGGGAUGUCUUAUACAUCUUAUAUACUGUCAAUAAUAUUACUCUGGAAAGGUAUUUUAUUUGUAAUGUAACAAUGGAUAGUUUUUAAAUAUGAUCUCAGAGCACUAACUGAUUUGUGUGUGUGUGUGUGAAUUAUCUUUUCUAAUAACGACAAUAUAGUUACUAAAUAUUAUAUUUGCUGAUAAUUAAUUAAUUUUAUUCGUAUCAAAAUUACAUAAUAAUUAUUAAUUUGAACUUCUGAGUCACAAAAUAGACUGUUAGGUCAUUACAUAUUUUUUUUCUUAUCAUUACAUUACUAUUAAUCAGUUGUACUUCAGAGUCACAGUAAACGAUGAUACAAGAAACAUUUUAUUGUAAGUGUUAAUACAGUCUAAAAAUAGAUGCAUGUUUGUUUUUUCCUUAAAAUGACAAAAGUUGUUUGUUUUUUUUAUUUAAAAAUACUUCCUUGGCAUAGAGAUGUAAUUAUUAUUGGGAAUGAACUUUAUUGUUUUAUUUUGUCAGUAUUUAAACCAGAUUGCAUUUCAGGACAAUGAUAUUUUAUUUGUUGGGUACUUAUACUGAACACUCCCUUGAGCAUUUGUGGGCUCAAUUGAAAAUAAAUAAUUUCUAUGAAAUUUCAAGCAAUAUAUCUAUAUAGACAAGUGCCACAAAGCAAUGUAAAUAGAUCACCAUACUUGUUGCAACUAGCAGAAGGAGAAGUAUUACAUGUUGUGAAUUCACUGUUAAUGAUCUGCAAUGUGUUUUUCUGUUUGCUUUGAUGUAUAUUGGUUUGCAUGGUGAAAAAACAAUUUUUAGUGAAGAAUUGGAUUUGUUUAAAUUAAUAGUUAGUUGACCAAGUAUUUACAUUGAUGUGUUCCAGUGCAAGUAGUAUUCAGCUAUUUACUACUUGACUUCACAAGUGAUUCCAGAGCGCACGCCUCAAUGGUUGUUUCAUAGGCUUAGUGAUUUGUUAUCAUUUUGCAAGCUUCGUGAGUUGUUUGAUGAAUUAGUUUUCCCAUUUUUGAUGGAGCACACAUCUUUGCAGAUUAUGUGUUCUUAGCACUGAUCCCUUUCUCUUGUUCUUUAUAUAAUAUAUAUAUAUAUGUAGAGGCUGAUUCCUUGCUUUAGAGAUUGGACUUCUGGGUAACAAGAAUUCUUUUAAUAUUCAAAUGAUCCCAUUUGAUAAUUUUGUAAAUUCAAACCAUUUACAGCUAGAACAUGAUGUGUAAGCAUAACUGACCUAUACAAUAAAUGUUGCAAGAUUUAUGGCAUUCAUAGUGGAUUGCUGUAUUGGGUUAUUAUCAAGUGUCUCCUAUUUGUAUACUGUUUGGUAAUAUUAAAAGUGCUACACAAAAUAGCAAUUCUUCAUAUAUAUAUAUAUAUAUAUAUAUAUAUAUAUAUAUAAAUAUAUAUAAUAUAUAUAUCUUUAUCGGUUCUUAGGGCUUAGUGCACACAUCCACUUGUUAUAAUGGAUUGUGCAUUUCUAUUUUAUUAUUUGCAUAGCCUAGUAUUGCAUACUCCUUUAUACCCAGAUUAAAACUUAUCUUUUCUCUUGCCAAAACUUUCAAUUUGUCUCCCUUACAAUUUUUUUUUUUUCAGAUUUUUAAAUUGAUGAAUUAAAAUGUUAACCAUUCUAUUAUUACCAUGGUAACCCUGGCCUAGUCCAUACCUUUCCUGAACGAUGACAUUGUUAUGACACUGUUCAAGCUUGUUUCUCAACAAGCUAGCUAGAUCUGGGUAUUUAGUUCAUCAUAGUAAAAUUUUCUGUGUUUUUUUUUUCUAAUGACUUGAACUUGAAUGAUACUCAUAGAUCGAUUUAUAGCAUUGCUGUUAUGUUUUAUCCUGAUUUUAUUUUUAGUAUGCCAUGUCUGAGUUCUAAAACAUUUAAAAGAUCAAUUUUUUUUUUAUAGAUCAAUUUUGAAUCUCAUAUGUGUACAGAAACUUACAUUUGAUAAUAGCCUGGUCAUAAUUAUGUGCAUGUCUUUCAGCUGUAGGAAGAGUAAGGAGAUGAAAUGCUCUAAAUUUUGUUUUCACUCAAGUAUUAUUGUGUGUAAGAAUCUCUGCACUGACGUAAAUGUUUACACUUUUUGUUUUCUCAGCUUGUACAUUUUAUAUUUUGAAAAAUACUUUUUUUUUUUAACCAAACAAAAAUUGUUUCGUAUUCAAAUUGAUAUUAAUUUUUAUAACUUUGUGUUUGAACAUGAAUGUUAUGACAAUGUCUUAAUUUCAUUUCCUGAUAAUUAUACUGGUUUAAAGGGGAGAUAAAAAUGUACUUUAAACUUAUAUUCGAGUAAAGGGGCCUCCCCUCAUGACUCUCCAUGGACUUGACAUUCUUUUAAAACAUAAUCCAAACAAAUAAUGUUUCUUUUUUGUCGAUAUUGUAUAACAUGUACACUUGAUAUGGAAUGAGUUUGGGUUUUUGAGUGAAGUCACAUAUUUUAUCUUGUUGAAAACUAGUGCCUUAUAGCUCAAUGUAUAACCAAGGAUCACUUCUGCCGCGUGAUUUAAAUAUUGUCCUUUCUUUGUGUGAACAAGAUUUGACUUCGACAUUUAUUGUUCUAUGUUCUUAUAAUGUUGUUCUAUGUGAAAGAAAAAGCUAUAGCUUAACUUGAACAGCAGCUAACGUUAGAAACAAUGAAUUGUUUUUUUUAAAUUAAGGCAGAAAUGGUGGCUAGAACGAUAUUGAACAAUAUCACAGUACCUUUUGGAGAUGUUUAUAUUCAUGUAUAAAUAAAUAAAUAUUUUAACCAAUCGUA